GGCGGGAGGCGACGGCUGAGGCGCUGUCAUGGAGUUAUCGCAGCAAGCGCGGGAACUGGGCUGCUGGGCGGCGGAAGAGAUGGAGGCGCCCGUGGCCGCCCGGGCCCCGGAGUCGACGCUGCGCAGGAGAAAGGGAGCACUCCACCAUGGAAUGAGAAUACCCCUACACCCCGUGAGAAGCCCACCCUCUCAGUGACUGAGAACUCCCCAGGAGGGAAUACCUUACCCCCAAAAGUAUGGACCCUCCCUCCCCCAAGAGGCUGUGUCUGGGCCAGGGGGCCGAUAUCUGGGCCUACGUCUUGCGGCAUGUGCACAGCCAGAGGAAUGUCAAGAAGAUCCGAGGAAACCUGCUCUGGUAUGGCCACCAGGACAGUCCCGAGGCCCGUCGGAAGCUGAAGCUGGAAGCCGCUGUUGCCCACCUGCGGGCAGAGAUCCUGGAGUUAGACCAGAGCCUGGAGCUGCUGGAGCGAGAGACUGAGGCUCAGGGUGACCCAUGGGGCUGGAUAGAUGGGCAGCAGAUCGAGGUUAAGGAAAGUACUGAUGGCCGCCCCUGUUCCUCUCACAGACAUGGCCAUGGAGCAGGGCCUACAGAGCAUGCAAGACACCCAGCGUCGUGCUCUCCUCCUCCGGGCCCAAGCUGGGGCCAUGCGAAGACAGCAGCGUGGGCUCCAAGGUCCCAUGCAGCAGCUGCAGAAUCAGCUCAAGCAUUUGCAGGACAUAGAGAGGAACCUCAGCCCCAACUGCACUCCUCUCCCCAGGAAGGCCAAAGUGGAUAUAAACUUUGGACCCUUGACAUCAGCAGCCCUGAGCCUGGAGCCUGUGGUCCUGGGCGAUGUCCGAACGGCCUGCAGCCUCCGGACCCAGUUCCUGCAGAAGCUCCUGAUGCCUCGGGCCAAGGGAGGCAGCAUUCCACACUGCUGACAAACCACCCUCCGGGCCAUGUCCUGGCUGCCUUGGAGCAUCUGGCUGCAGAGCGGGAGGCAGAGAUCCAGUCCCUGUGCAGUGUGGAUGAGCUCCAAGAUACAGAGAUAGCCAGCUCGGCCCCUAUUCUCAGCUCCCAGGCCCCAGACCAGCCCAACUCCAGCCAGGCCCUGCCGUCCAUGGUGCAUCUCAUCCAGGAGGGCUGGCAGUCUGUGGCUGCACUGGUCACCCAGCGGGGCCCCCUCCUGGAGGACCAUCAAAUCCUGACCCGGCAUCUCCAGGGCCUGAUGGAGGACAUGGAGAGAUGUACCGUGGGAUCCAGCGAGAGGCAGGCAUUGGUGCUGGGGAUCCGGAGCUCUGCCCUGUGGGCAGAACUCAAGGCCCUGCGUGCCAUGAGCCAGGAGCUAGAGGAGGCUUCUGGGCAGCGGCAGCUUCUGCUCCAGGAGCUACAGGCCAAACAGCAGCGGAUCCUGCACUGGCGCCAACUGGUGGAGGAGACGCAGGAACAGGUCCGCCUGCUCAUCAAGGGCAACUCAGCCAGCAAGACGAGCCUGUGCCGGAGCCCUGGGGAGGUGCUAGCUUUGGUUCAGCAAAAAGUGGUCCCCACAUCUGAGAUGGUAGCACCACAGAGCCAGGAGCUGCUUCGGUGUCUAGAGGAGGAAGCCCAGCAUCUGCCCCAUCUUCUGCUGGGCACCCUGCUGCGGCACAGCCCUGAAGGGUUGCAGCCCCUCCCUACGGUCCUGCCAUCCAUCCACCAGCUGCAUCCUGCAUCCCCAAGAGGCUCCAGCCUCAUAGUGUUGAGCCACACACUGGGGCUGCCCGCAGGGAAGGCUCCGGAGCUGCUCCUCCCGAAGGCUGCCUCUCUUCGCCAGGACCUUCUGUUCCUCCAGGACCAGCGAAGUCUCCGAUGCUGGUAUCUGCUCCACAUGAAGACCAGCCUGCCGCCAGGACCAUCCACCCAGGAGCUGCUGCAGAUCCGGGCAUCCCAGGAAAAGGAGCAGAAAGAGAACCUGGGGCGGGCUCUGAAGCGCCUGGAGAGCCUGCUGAAACGAGCACUGAAGCGAAUCCCCGAGCUGCAGGGAGUUGUGGGGGACUGGUGGGAGCAGCCGGGGCAAGCCGCCCUCUCCGGGGAGCUCUGCCAAGGCCUGUCCCUGCCCCAGUGGCAGCUACGCUGGAUCCAGGCCCAAGGCGCCCUGCAGCAGCUGUGCAGAUGAAGAGGUGGCUCAAAAAGAAGUCCAGAGCUUCGCAUUUGUUCACCCCAACACUUCACUUCCCUUAAUAAGACUUUUGGAAGAAAGCAUUGCCUGGAUGCAUCAGCCCAUUGUCUCUACCCACACCUGCCAUCCCCCUUCACAGGCUGUUCUGUUUUUCCUCUCAGUUGCCGUGCCACUGUCCUGUCAUCCCACUAAAGCCAAGAGAAUGGGGUACUGUGGGCCCCACCCUACCUGAAACUCUCCUCGUCACUUUUACCCUCAGCAAAAAGUAAUCAAGCACCUGCUCUAAGUACUGAGGAUCCAGCACUGAAAAAAAUGGACAGAAGUCCCAGCCUUCAGGGAGUUGUCAUUCUAGGACAGGAGAACAGACCACUGACAAAAUAAGUAAGCAAAAUAUUUAGUAUGUGGAAGAACUGCUGUGGAGAAAAAGCGGUUGUAGUGGUGUGAUUUUUAAAUAGAGGGCUACACAGCAAAGGUGACACUCUGUAAAGGUAGAGAGAGAAGGAAGCACACGGGCAUCUGAGGAAGGCUUGCAGAGGGGAAGACUACAGCACAUGCAAAGGCCCUGAGUUCAGAUGUGUUGGUGUGAGGGCUGAGGAGGCAGUGCAGCUGCUGGAAGAGGGGAAGGUUUAAGAGAUGACAUUGCCUUCUAGUUUAUUAUACAGUUUCUUUUGUAAAUGUAAAAUUCAAAUCUCUGAGCCAUUUGGAAUUUAUCCAAAUGGAUUCAGUUUUGUCUUAUUUUAAAUAUGUCUCACUAACACUUAUUAUAAUUUUCAUUCAGAGCA